CAGUCUGCGCUCUUGCUCGCCUCGUCGCCGGUCCGUGCAUUGGCGCGCUCCGGUGUAGCACGGCUGAGGCGCUCAGGCUGAAGAUGGCGGGCAUAAGCGGUACGGGUCCCGGCUCUGCUUCUGCUGCUGGCCCGGUCCAGCAGGGACUCAAAGAGGCGCUGAUGGAGACGCUGACAGCGAUCCUGUCUCCGGUUCAAGAACUGAGGGCUGCAGCCGAGGAGCAGGUUAAAGUGCUGGAGGUGACGGAGGAGUUUGGAGUGCACCUGGCGGAGCUGACGGUCAACCCCCAGGGAGCCCUCGCUAUUAGACAGCUGGCGUCUGUGAUCCUGAAGCAGUAUGUGGAGACUCACUGGUGCGCUCAGUCUGAGAAAUUCAGGCCGCCGGAGACCACGGACAGGGCUAAAGGAGCCAUCCGGGAGCUGCUUCCGAGCGGCCUGCGGGAGUCGAUCAGCAAGGUGCGCUCCAGCGUGGCGUACGCCAUCUCGGCCAUCGCCCACUGGGACUGGCCCGAGGCCUGGCCACGGCUGUUCAACCUGCUCAUGGAGAUGCUGGUCAGUGGGGACGUGAACGCGGUGCACGGAGCCAUGAGAGUGCUCACAGAGUUUACCCGGGAGGUGACAGACACUCAGAUGCCUCUGGUAGCUCCAGUCAUUCUUCCUGAGAUGUACAAGAUCUUCACCAUGGCAGAGGUCUACAGCAUUCGCACGCGGUCCAGGGCCGUCGAGAUCUUCACCACUUGUGCCAACCUGAUCUGUGCCAUUGACGAAGUGGAGAAGGGGGCCGCCAGGGCACUCAUCUUCCCCGUGGUCCAGCAGUUCACAGAAGCCUUCGUCCAGGCUCUGCAGAUGCCAGAUGGGCCCUCCUCGGACAGCGGUUUGAAGAUGGAAGUCCUGAAGGCGGUGACGGCACUGGUGAAGAAUUUCCCCAAGCACAUGGUGUCCUCCAUGCAGCAGAUCCUUCCUAUAGUGUGGAACACGCUCACUGAGAGCACUGCUUUCUAUGUGCGGACGGAGGUGAAUUACACUGAAGAGGUGGAUGACCCCAUAGACUCUGAUGGUGAAGUCCUGGGCUUUGAGAACCUGGUGUUCAGCAUCUUUGAGUUCGUGCACACCUUACUGGAGAACAAGAAAUUCAAGAGUACGGUGAAGAAGGCUCUCCCGGAUCUCAUCUACUACAUCAUCCUGUACAUGCAGAUCACAGAGGACCAGAUUAAAGUGUGGACUGCCAAUCCGCAGCAGUUUGUCGAAGACGAGGAUGACGACACCUUCUCCUAUUCGGUUCGGAUUUCCGCUCAGGAUCUGCUGCUGGCCGUCUCCACGGAGUUCCAGAAUGAGAGCGCUGUGGCGUUGGCAGCGGCUGCCACCCGCCACCUACAAGAAGCCGAGCAGGCCAAGAACUCGGGCAGCGAGCACUGGUGGAAGAUACAUGAAGCCUGCAUGCUGGCUCUGGGCUCAGUGAAGAGCAUCAUCACUGAGAAUGUGAAGACGGGACGCAUCCAGUUUGACAUGCAUGGCUUCCUGACCAGCGUCGUCCUGGCUGACCUCAAUCUCUCCGUGUCUCCCUUUCUCCUGGGCCGGGCUCUGUGGGCGGCCAGUCGCUUCACUGCAGCCAUGUCUCCGGAGCUCAUCCAGCAGUUUCUCCAGGCCACGGUCAGCGGGAUGCACGAGAGCCAGUCUCCCUCUGUCAGGAUCUCCGCUGUGAGGGCGAUCUGGGGGUACUGUGACCAGCUCAAGAUCUCCGAGUGCACUCAAGUCCUGCAGCCCUUCCUGCCCAGUAUCCUGGACGGGCUGAUCCAGCUGGCCGCCCAGUUCAGCUCGGAGGUGCUCACUCUGGUCAUGGAGACCCUGUGCAUCGUGUGCACUGUGGACCCUGCCUUCACCUCCAGUGCAGAGAACAAGAUCUGCCCCCUCACCAUCGCCAUCUUCCUGAAGUACAGUAACGACCCUGUGGUGGCCUCGCUGGCCCAGGAUAUCUUCAAGGAGUUGGCUCAGAUUGAAGCCUGCCAGGGUCCCAUGCAGAUGAGACUCAUCCCAACGCUGGUCAGCAUCAUGCAGGCUCCGUCAGACAAGAUCCCCUCCGGACUGUGCUCCACCGCGAUCGAUAUCCUGACCACAGUGGUGCGGAACACCAAGCCCCCCCUGUCGGAGCUGCUGGUCUGCCAGGCCUUCCCUGUGGUGGCUCAGUGCACCCUGCGCACCGAUGACCACGCCACCAUGCAGAACGGCGGAGAGUGUCUCAGAGCCUAUGUCUCCGUGGCUCUGGAGCAGGUGGGCCUGUGGCACGACGAGCAGGGCCACAGCGGGCUCUGGUACGUGAUGCAGGUGGUGAGCCAGCUGCUGGACCCGCGCACCUCCGAGUUCACGGCCACCUUCGUGGGCAGGCUGGUCUCCACGCUCAUCGCCAGGGCGGGCACGCAGCUGGGAGACAACCUGGACCAGAUCCUCCGAGCCGUCCUCAGCAAGAUGCAGCAGGCAGAGACGCUCAGCGUCAUGCAGUCCCUGAUCAUGGUGUUUGCUCACCUGGUGCACUCUCAGGUGGAGCCCCUGCUUGAGUUCCUGUGCAGUCUGCCCGGCCCCACAGGGAAGCCAGCCCUGGAGUUCGUCAUGUCGGAGUGGAUGAACAGACAGCACCUCUUCUAUGGGCAAUACGAGGGAAAAGUCAGCACUGUGGCCCUCUGCAAGCUGCUGCAGCACGGCAUCAACACGAACGACAAGCGGCUGCAGGAGAUCCUGGUGAAGGGAGAUGAGAUCUUCAACCCCAACGAAGGGAUCCGCACCAGGUCAAAAACGGCCAAGAAUCCCGAGCGCUGGACCAGCAUUCCCCUGCUGGUGAAGAUCUUCAAGCUGAUUAUCAACGAGCUCUCCUCUGUGGUGGAGGCCAACUCGUCCAGGACAGCAGCCGGAGACUGGAGUCAAGAGUCCAAUGACAUGUGGGAAGACCAGGAUCACGAUGAGGAAGAUGAUGAUGAGGAGGAUGAUGAUGGACUGGCGGGGCAGCUGCUGUCAGACCUCCUCUCUUCCAAUAAAUACGAUGAAGAUUACUAUGAAGAUGAUGAAGAGGAAGACCCAGACGCACUUAAAGAUCCAAUUUAUCAGAUCGAUAUGCAGGCCUACCUGACUGAUUUCCUCCGGCAGUUUGCACAGCAGCCCUGCUGCAGCGUGUUCUCUGGCCACUUGAACGAAGCGGAGAGGAAAAUCCUCCAAACCAUCGGCAUCUAAAGAGCAGCCCCUUUCCCCUGCGUCCUGUCCGAACGUUUCACUGUGGCGCCUUCUCCAUCCGUCACAGACCGGCCUCCUCCGUGCUCAAGCAUGUUUGUCGCGAGAGAACACCAGCUUCUUUUUUU